UUGUUCUCGUCACUCCUAGUGAAACCUGUCUGCUUGCAGCCUUCUCUCUGCAGUUGCAGGCUGCACUACAGCUGGUAGAGCUUGACCGCAGGUUGCGCAUGAGGUCCACGCGUCCAGGAAAGCAGUCAAUAAAAGGACUUUGAAGUGAAGUUGAUGUUUCACUCGGCAGCACGUCCCUCAACAUGAGGGACCGUAACUGAUUUUGGAUAUUAAACACAGAGUGUCUGCUGCUAAAAGUUUACUAACCAUUUUUUUUAGAGUUUCGGUGAUCCGAAUUGGGCGCAAUUACGCACUGCGAGCAUUAUGGCACAGAUUUUGGAUAAGCGUGCUCCCGUUUUGCUCUUGGUUUGGAGCUACUGCGUCCUGGCAAACACUGCCUUUACGAACUUUACGUUGGACAACGAGUUUCACUCCAGUUUCAUCCACCGUCGGCUGAAGAGCCAGGAGCGCAGAGAGAUGCAGCGGGAGAUCCUGUCGAUCUUGGGGCUGCCGCACCGGCCGCGACCCCACCUCCAUGGAAAACACAAUGCUGCCCCGAUGUUCAUGCUGGACUUAUACAACGCCAUGUCUACAGACGGAGACGAGGACAGAUACUCCUAUCCUUACAAACCCGUCUUCACCACACAGGGUCCACCGAUAGCCAGCCUGCAAGACAACAACUUCUUAAACGAUGCAGACAUGGUCAUGAGCUUUGUGAAUUUAGUGGAGCACGAUAAAGAAUUCCUACCGGUGCGGCGGCAUCAUCGAGAGUUCAAAUUCGAUCUAUCACGAAUCCCUGAGGGUGAGGCAGUCACUGCUGCCGAAUUCCGUAUAUAUAAAGACUUCAUCCAUGAACGGUAUGAUAAUGAGACCUUCCGUAUCAGCAUCUACCAGGUGUUGGAGGAACACUCAGACAGGGAGUCAGACCUAUUUCUGCUGGACUCGAGAGUGAUCUGGGCAGCGGAGGAGGGCUGGUUGGUGUUUGAUGUAACAGCCACCAGUAACCACUGGGUCCUGAACCCUGGCAGAAAUCUGGGUCUACAGCUGGCUCUGGACAGCACAAAUGGAGAGAGUAUCAGUCCUCGUACGGCAGGCCUGGUUGGUCGCAGUGGGCCUCAGAAUAAACAGCCCUUCAUGGUGGCCUUCUUCAAAGCCACUGAGGUGCACCUGCGAAGCAUCCGCUCAGCUACAGGAGGGGGCAAACAGCGUAACCCCAACCGCUCGAAAGGGGCAAAAAGCCAAGAGGCGCUUAGAGUGGCCAAUGUUGCAGAAAACAGCAGUACUGAUCAGAAGCAGGCAUGCAAGAAGCAUGAGCUCUACGUCAGUUUCAGAGACUUGGGGUGGCAGGACUGGAUCAUUGCUCCAGAAGGAUAUGCAGCAUACUAUUGCGAGGGAGAGUGUGCCUUCCCGUUGAACUCCUACAUGAACGCCACAAACCAUGCCAUUGUGCAAACACUUGUUCAUUUCAUUAACCCAGAGACAGUUCCUAAACCCUGCUGUGCCCCCACGCAGCUCAAUGCCAUCUCUGUGCUCUACUUCGACGACAGCUCGAACGUCAUUCUCAAGAAAUACCGCAACAUGGUGGUCAGAGCUUGUGGCUGCCACUAGACCAUCACCAUCCUCGCAUGGACACAUGCGUACGCACACACUCUUGGGAAAAAAAGGGCUUCCACCUUGCUGUAAUUUAAACAUGUUGAGAGUUGGUUACAAAAUAUACUAUGUGCUUCUUCUUUUUUUUUUU